AUGACUGCCUACGAAAAAAUGCCGGCGAAGCCACCACGACGCCUCUCACCCAUCUGGUUUCUGGUGAUCACGUUCCUACUCUUUGCCACCACCUUAACGGCGGUGGCCGUGAUCGAAGCUGGACGGGCACAGAGCAACGCCGGUGGUGAAAGCGAUCUCCUAAUCCUCACACGCAUGUGGAAUCACUUUAGAGCCGGUGCCGAAAAUGACACAGAAAUUGCCACGGUGGAGCGAAUUGCUAGGGAUACCGGAAACGCAACCAAUCCGAGUGCAUCCGCAUCGCAGCAGGGCAGAAACUUCUACGAGGAGCAGCAGGCGGUGGUGGUGAAUGCAGAGAGCAUGGACUCACCCGUGAUGGGACAACGCCAGGAUGCCUACGGUCCGCCGCAGAGUCGCGAGGAUUCCUACGAGCAGGAUCCGUACUACGAUGUGGCCGAUGACUACGGACCUGGACGCUAUCCAAGUGCAGAGUCCAAGCAGGAGUCGGAGGAGGAGGAUCGCUUCUAUGAUAGGGAAAACACGGGUGAGGGCCGGGCUCAUCAGGGACGUCCCUACGAUUCCUUCUACGCCCCCUGGUCACACAACCAGCAGCUAGCUCCAGUGGCUACUCAUCCCGCGGCUGAGGGCAACAAUCGGAAGCUCCAGGCGCCUUCAGCUCCCAAUAGAUCGCCCUAUCCCGCCUACGAUGAGAUGUACGAUUAUCCCAUGGGCUUCCAGCCACGCCCUCAUCCGGAAACAGAGUUGGCCAAGCAAUCUCAGCCCGCCUCCGACAAUGCAGUGGCUCAAACCCAAAGCGAAUCCACCCUGGUCACCGUGCUGAAGAGCCUCAAGCAGAUCUGGGAUCUAUAUCAGGCACUGAUGGGUGCCUGGAACGCGGUCAGCGAACGCCAUCAGCAGAGCACUGAGAAGUUCCGACAGGAGCAGGCGGCGAAGAAGGCCGAGAAGGAGCAACUGCGUCAGCAACAGCAGCAGAAGACCAGGAUAAACUCCAAGAAACCACCGCGUAUGGAGGGAAACAAAAAGAACCAGAACAAGAAGCCGACCACAACGACAACUAGGGCAACCAACAAGUCUACGACGACAGCUGCUCCAGAUGCCUCUGAUGAGGAGGAGGAAGAGGAGGUUGUGGAACAGCCGCAGAAGACAGUGGAGAAAGUUGAGACAGUCACACCUUCGGCUCCAGCCACCAAAGUCUCGGCACUGAAGGGCGAAAAGGGAAAUCUGAGAUCUGUGCGUGGACUGCGCCAGAGACGCGAGGCCGAGGCGGACACGGAUGUGGGCGAGGGCCGCUAUAUCAAGGGUGAUCCUCUCAAGGGAUACUACGAUUUCGUCAUCACGGAGGGCUCCUACAAGUUCUGGGCCGUCUUUCAGGUGGGCACUGCUCUGCUGAUCAUCUACUCGACGUUCGCAGCCAUUUACUACUCCAAGGUUAAUCCGCUGACCAGUGACUACGAUUACACGGAUUACCUGGGCGGAGUUCGUUCUUUGUCCGGCGGCGAUGCGGAUUUCGUGGACGACGGCGAUGCAGCGACACCGCCCGUUUCGACCACCUCCCGCAUCAUGGAGUGGCUGCCACGGACGGCGCACUCCAUCCAGUUCAUACUGGAUGCCAUCGACAAGGUGCCAGUGGAUCAUGACAAGGACAAGGAGCUCGGAUGGUCCACGGCGAAAACGGACACGCCGCCGGUGGGAAUGAGAUAGGGAACUGACUACCAUA